AUGACAUAUCUAAUGAACCACAUAAUUACAUUUUUCUGGAAGAUUCUAUUAAUUAUAACACCUAUAUUUGAUUAUACAACAUCAGUACGAUUUAAUAUUUAUGAAACCUAUUCGCAACAGUAUUGUUUAUACUACUAUGUUCUCGAUGACAUCAUCGAUUAUAAUCGAUUAUCACUUCCUAGCUAUCAAAAUAUUCCUUAUUGUCUAGAAGAUAGUUCUAUCGAUAUAGUGUCAACUGAUGAAGUGAUGAAUUAUGAUCGUUUUUAUACAUUUGCACAAAUGAAAGUAGCCAAAAUAACAAGUGAAAGUUUAAUUGAAUGGUCUGCUCCGAUCAAUGUGGCGGAACAUUAUCAAAAGUUUCUUAAUGAUGUAAAUGAAUUAUCAUCAUCACAAGUUUUCUAUAACUGUACUAAAGGAUGGUUUGGUCAUCGAUGCCAAUAUACAUUGUAUCAUAAUGAAUUGACUUUUAGUGAAUUGGUGAAAGCGAUUUUUCUUGAAAGGCGUGUUGAUACAAAAUGGGUUAAUUUUACGAAUGGUACGUGUUAUAUAUAUCUAUCAUGCGAUCGUGGUCCAAGUCCUGCGUGUUUAGACUGGCGUGAGAUUUGUGAUGGAAAACGAGAUUGUAUUGAUGGAAUUGAUGAACCACAAGAAUGUUUUGAACGUGAAUCAAAUGAAUGCCCAGAAGGGUAUUAUCGAUGUCAUAAUGGCCAGUGUAUACCUGAUGAAUUUAAUAAUGAUGAAGAUUUAUUAAAUCCGGAUUGUAUGGAUUGGACAGAUAUGACGGAAGAUGGUUGGAGUAAAGACUGUGAUGGUGAUCCAGCAUUUCGUUGCGAAGAACAUAUCUGUAAGCGACAAAAUGAAUUUUCUUGUGGUGAUGGUCAAUGUAUAGUCAUUUUCCAGAUGCUUGAAGAUACUUGUAAACAUAAUCGUUUCUUAUACGCAAUGAGACAUUUAAUUGAUCAUUAUUCCAAUUCUCAUUUAUCUGAGAAAUGCUUAUUUAUCAUGGCUUGUUUAACAAGAAUCUACCGUCGUUUGAUAUAUGAUGAUGAAAAAUGCGAAAAAAUUCUAUUGCAAACUUCUAAUUGUCCAUCCACCCCAUUUCUUUUCCCUUUAACUCCUGUAGCUUUUGGUCAUGUGUACUUGAUAUAUGCAGUAAAUGGAAGUUCAUUCUCGUAUCCAAAACAAUAUUUGUCACCAUUUCUUAUUUGCUACGAUGAAGAAUUAUGUGGCUCAAUUCUCAGUACACCAGUAAUAUAUUACAAUGGUUAUACCUGUCAACAUUACUCGAAUAUAGUAGGUGGAAUGAAAUAUUAUUCAUGGGUAGGUCUAAUGGAGAAUAUUUAUUCAUUUUUUCGACCAUGUGCUCCAAUGAUACCAUUGAACUGUACAAAUCUUUUUCGAUGUGAACAGUCAUCUAAAUGUAUAUCCAAACAUCGUUUAUUAGAUGGACGCUAUGAUUGUAUGGAUCAUAGUGAUGAACAAUUUAAUAAUACAUGUUCAUUAAAUGAUCCAUAUCGAUUUCAGUGUUCUUCUAAAAGAGAACUUUGUAUUUCGCCGUUACUUCUACUCAACGAUCAGUUUGAUUGUCCAGAUGGUGAAGAUGAAAACGACCUUGCGCAAACUAUUGGCUAUGAAUUAUUUCCGCCAUUUCCUAUGUUCUGCGAUGGACGUACAGACAUGGAUCCUUUAAUUAUAGAUGAUCGGGAACAAACUGAUGAAACCGAUUGUGGAUCGCAUUUUCCAUGUGAUACUCCACAUACACAUUGUGAUGGUUUUUGGCAUUGUAUCAAUGGUAUUGACGAAGCAAAUUGUUCAUCAUCAUUAUGUAAACCCUAUCAUCAUCCAUGUGUUUCACUCAUUAAUAUGUCGAUGGAAUGUUUACCCAUAGAAUUUGCGGGUGAUGGUAUAAUACAUUGUCGUGGUGGAUCUGAUGAACGACAUUACUGUCGAAACAAGUUUCCUGAUGAAGUUGAGAGACGUUAUCGAUGUUUGCAUCAAUCAUUUAAAUGUAUCAAAACUACCUUAUUAUGCGAUCGCUAUGGUAUUGAUGAAUCAGAUGAUAGUGAUCUAUGUGACAACGAAGAAGUUAGUAUUUGCCCGGAUUAUUAUUAUAAUCAAAAAGAUUUUGCUGGUAUAUGUUGGCCACAAUGGACGUUAAACCGAACGGUAUCGGAGAAUAUACUCUGCAAUCUUGAUGAAACAAACUACGUAAUAGUUUAUAAUUUUUCUGACGCAAAACUCUAUUUAAAAUUAAUCGGCAUUGAUAACUAUCCACCUGUAACACAAAUUAUUUCACAUUCUAAUGAAAACAGUUCAAAACAACAACAAAAAUAUAUAUCUUCACGUUCGUCAAAUACUUUACUUUAUUAUACUCAUCGAGCAUGGUUUUGUAAUCGAGGAAUAGUCAUUUUUACCGGUACACUUGAUCAACGUCGAUGUUUAUGUCCACCUCCAUAUUAUGGUGACCAAUGUCAAUUUCAAAACCAACGUGUCAGUCUAACAUUGAAAUUUACUACGCAGGAUACACGAAAUUUUCGAACGGCAUUUUAUAUAAUCACUAUGUUAAUUGAUGAUGAAUAUGUUAUUCAAUCAUAUGAUUAUAAUAUCUAUAUUCCUAUACGAGAUUGUGAAUAUAAAUUCCAUUUAUAUUUAACAUAUGCAUCUCGACCAAAGAAUUCAAGUAAAAACUAUAGUAUUAUUGUUCGUGCAUUUAAUAAACAAACUUUAACAUAUUAUACAAGUUGGUAUUUAACAAUUCCAUUUCAAUUUUUACCAGUAAAUCAUUUGGUCGAACGCCUUAUAAUUCGAGAACAAAAUUUCCAAAGUCCUAAUGAUUGUCAAUUAAAAUGUCAUGAUCAUGGACAAUGUAUGAAAUAUGAGAAUACAGGAGAUGAAUUUUGUCAAUGUUUCGAAAAUUGGUGGGGAAAAUUCUGUGAAAAAAGUUAUCAUUGUGAUUGUUCGUCGGACUCGAAAUGUAUUGGCACAAUUAACAAUCAAUCUAUCUGUCUUUGCCCAUUGAAUAGAUAUGGUUCACAUUGUUAUUUAACAUAUUCUUCUUGUCAAGAUAAUACAUGUCAACAUGGUGGAACAUGUGUACCAUAUGAUGAUCGAAAAUCUAAAGAAAAUUUGACUUGUCUUUGCACAAAAGAAUAUACAGGUGAAAGAUGUGAAAUUUUUGGUACUAAAAUUAUUAUAUCAUUUGAUGAAACAAUAAUUCCUGAAACAUUUUUUGCUCAUUUUAUUACGACAAUUCAUGAUGAUGAUCAUAUUCGUACAACAAUUCUACAAAAACUUCCAUAUGCUGGAAAUGAAGUCACUUUAUAUCGUCCAACACCAUUUCAUAUUCUUUUCGUUGAAUUUUCUCAAAACUAUUAUCUUACUGUACUUNCUGGAACAUUCUAUUAA